UCCGAAUUGGUUUAAUACAAGUUUGUUAUAAUUAGUUGGUUGUUAGUAGUUAUCAUGAGUGUGAUUGCAAUUGUAAGCCAGGAUAAAUUGGAUGAGGCACGAAGUGGAGUCAAGACAGCAUUGGAAGAAGUAAGCAAGGAAGAUUAUGAUGAGCGUGACGUGACUGACUUCAUGAACAAUGAUAUGAACACUUCAUAUUACGUACAAUGGUCCAAAACUAUACCUGAAGCAGUAAAGCUGGCAGUUAAAUCAUUUAAAAUAAGAAAGGACAAUCAAAUUAAUGACCUCACACCAGAUAUAGUUGGCAUUGAAACAAUGAAGAAAGGCUACAUGUUCCUACUUGGACGGGAUGUUAAUGGUUGCAGAGUUUUGCACAUGAGGACUGGCAAGAUGGAGAAGAAGGACAAGGAAGCAAACCAGAAGUUGAUGAUGUUAUGGUUGUCUCGAAUACAGAAAGCUGAACCUGGAAAGCGAGUGACUUUCAUUAUGGACACAACAGGGUCAAGUUUGUUCAACAGCGAUAUGGGUUUCGUUACGUUUAUCAUCGAUUGUUUUGCGACAAGGUUCCCUGGUUUGUUAGAAAAGAACAUCAUUUACAACCUGCCCGGUGUCUUGAACGCAAUGUGGAAGCUUGUAAGCAAGAUGUUGUCACCUGAACAACGAGAAGUUACGAUUAUGUGCGGGAAAUCCGAGAUAACCAAGUAUAUUGAUGAAGACAACCUCCCCGAGAGCAUGGGGGGCAAGAAAUCAUUUGAGUACAGCUACCCACCAUUUCCAGAUGAAUUAGAAUCAUAGUCACCACGUGUGCACUAAUGUAUACACCAAUCGUGAUUUUAGCAAAAAUUUAUACCAUAGAGAUUUUAGCAAAAACUUGUGUGCUUUUUAUUAUUUGUUUGAUUUUUAUUCUAGAAACGUACAUACUAUCUUCAAUUAGGUUGUUACCUAUAUAUAUGGUUUCUAUUUUCAUUUCCCUAAUUAAAGGGUGCUAAACCCAAUCUUCUAAACAUAAAGAGAUUGUAUUGUAUUGGCCCAUGCACAAAUUCUUAUACCCUACAGCCCACAAAGCCCCAAACACUAAUAGGCUCUAAAUGUUAUUUAACUCACAACUUCCUAAUUAAGCAAGCUUUACUUAGCAACUCUAAGUUGCCGUGGCAUCAAUUAUAUUACCUUUAAUCUCUAACCUUAAAUUGGCAUAAAAAUACUGAUAAUGUUAAGGUUUAACCAGUUGAAAACGUUGGUGGUUAUAAGUUAUAACUUAACUAACAGUUUAAAAAUAUUUCAGAAUAA